AACAGCAGAGCGCGCCAAAGAGGAGAAUGUUUACAAAUCUGAAGUGAAGGAAGCCGGUUCCAUGAUUCCGAACGACAACCAGUUGAAAGGAGGUUGAGGAGCAGUGAGCCCACGCCAGACUGUACACGUUAGUGUUUCCAAAGGUUUUAGAGAGGUGUAAUUUCUACCCCAUAGUGGACAUUGUUUAUCAUAAGCAGGCUGAUGCCAAGGUCCGCCACUUCAUGGUGAAUGGGACCACGACGGCCACGAGGAUCCAUACGGCGAGUACAUCUAUUGGAACAUUGAGCAGGAUUGGAAGAGGAGCGGCGGAUCAAAAGAAACUGAUACGCGCCUCCAUUAGCCAUUUGCUUGUGGAUUGACCAGUUUUUUUGGUCACUGGGCCUAAACAGACAAUUGGAACUCAUUUGGAAGACCACAGCCAGAUUCGCUCCCAUGCUUCGUGAUUACAUUAUGCCUGUGAACAAAGCGAGCCCGUGAAGUUCCAGGAUAAAGGACCUUCAGUGCUGUUUGUGUCGAGCGUGAGUGUGGAACACACUAAAAGUGAUCUCACGGAACUGGCAAUCGGUGUGAUCUCUUGUGAGGAAAAAUAGGAACAACAAACACCCAUUCAGUGGUUAGUUUGUACAUGGAUCAAGAUCGGGACAAGAGGUUUGCAAAAGGAGGCCAUUACUGAAAUGGGCUCUCCACUUCCUGCUUCCGUGCUCAGAAAUUGAGCUCGACACUCAAAUGCUCCACAUUAAAGGGUUAUCAUCCUAAUUCAUGACCCUAGAACAUUCGCGUUGGCGAAGAAGCCUUUCCCGGAGGAAAACACCGUAAUGGAUCUCUGAGACUGACUUUUGAGACGGCCCAAGGGAAAGCAAAUUGACCACCAACCUCAACCGAAAGAGCUUCAACACCCCUCUCCAAGUGGUCAUGGUCAGAUAAGACAAGUGCGUUCAUUCAGACUAAGUUUUAGACUUCUCCGCCGAAAAGCACAUCCCAACUUGACUUGGUUGGACGAGAGUGGCACCGUACCAAUGUACCAAUUGAGUGAGGCGAGCAAAGAGACCGAAGAAUGAUUGGUUGCUCUCUGAAGAACUGACGAACCACCCACCAAGAGAGCCUCUCUCUCUCUCUUUAGUAGUGCAAGAACAGAACCACCGAAAGAACACAAGGAAAUUAGUGAAGGCACGGUCUUCCACGACACACGGCACAAUGGUCACUGAUUGCGGUCCCAGCUUCACCAAAUGCUUCCUCACAUUACUCAAUUUUGUCUUCUUUUUCUCGAGCUCGGCGAUAUUGAUCCUAGGAUGCUGGCUCUAUUCGCACAAAGAGUCCUUCAUGACUCUCACUCAACUUGGAUUGGAGAACCAGCAUGUCCAGCUCCCAACGGAAGUCGCCAAGACGAUUCAGGAAAUUAAUCAGCCUCUGGCUUUGGAGCAACUCGCCCAUGGGCUCCUUUAUUUGGGAGGUUUCGUUUUCCUCGUCAGCAUGGUGGGCUAUUGUGGUGCUUCCAAGGAAUCAAGGUUCUUACUGGUUCUGGUGGAACGGAGCACGAAAAGUCUUCUCCGAUCUUCUUUGGAAAAUCAUUUUUCGGUGGGAGAGAAACCUAACGCUGUCUCGUUAGCUUGGAACUUUGUCAUGGCCGAGUUUCAAUGCUGCGGGGUGGAUAACUACACAGACUUCCAGCGAUCCAGAACGUUUCUUGACACCCGAUCCAGUCAUCAAAUGCUGCCUCCAGCUUGUUGCAUCUUGAACCAAGAGCAAUAUCCACCUUACUUCGAACCUGAAGAUUCGAAUUGUCUAACAGCACCGACUUCAUACAAUUCAUUCUUCCUUAAGGGCUGUUACGACAAAUUGUUUACCAGGAUCUUGGCCCAUCUAAACCCUGUAUUAAUCACCAUUAUCUGUCUGGUGACGUUAGAGCUUCUUGCCAUUAUAUUCGCCUUGUGUCUCAGCAAAGCCGUGGACCGAGAUCUGCGCAUCCAAGAGCACGAGAAACGGAACAAAAACCGGAAGAAAAAGAAGAAAACGAUGGCGCCUCCUCCAAAGGAGGUGUGCCAAUCUCCCCCUGCCUAUGUAUCACAGCCCUCUGAGCAUGUAUCAUUCCUCCCUGUGGCCAGUGCACCAGAAGUCCUGCCCUCGGUCCCGCCUCCUUCAUAUUUCAAGUAUGGAAAUUAA